AUGGCUCUAGAUGGAGCAUAUUCAGACAACACUGCAGGGAUAGGAGGACUAAUUAGGAACUCCAACGCCGACUGGAUAUUGGGCUUCGCUGGAUCAGCACCACAUGAAUCAUCCACCUUUAUAGAGCUCUAUGCAUUGACACAGGGUUUGAAAUUAGCUUAUGAAAAUAACAUCAGAUCACUGGAGGUGGAGGUGGAUGCAAAGGAUAUUACCAUAGUAUUACAUACUGACAAUAUUGCAUUCUCUAAUAUAAUUGCUGAUUGCAGGUACUAUCUGGGCCAGCUAGGUAAUCCUGUAGUCCAACAUGCGUACAGAGAGCAAAAUAUGGUAGCUGAUCAAUUAGCAAAGGCAGGCCACAAUUUUGGAAAUGUCUAA